AUGGAUGGAAAUGCCUUUCUCUUUCGAGUUCCUUGCCCACAUGCUAGGCGCAGGAUACUCAAACAGUGCUUAUGGCAAGUCGACGGCCAAACAAUGUUUGUUGCAAAGUGGGCUCCGGGUGUCACUCCAGAGAAACCAGCUUUAUCUACUGUUCCGGUCUGGCUUGACUUCCAUGGAGUCCCUCUGCAAUUCUUCAACAGAGAUGCUCUAAAGGAGAUAGCAGGCCUUGUGGGUCAUCCCCUGUACCUUCACCCGUCUACAGAGAACCUCACUAACAUUGAAGUGGCUAAGGUGUAUACUGUGAUUGAUCCGCGGACGCCGCUACCGGAGGCAGUAAAUGCUCAAUUCGAGUGCGGAGAAGUGGUGAGAAUAGGGGUCUCGUGCCCUUGGCUCCCGUCGCUGUGCUCUCACUGUUCCAAAGUUGGGCACACCAUCUCUAAAUGUCCAGCUGCUCCUCCUCGUUGCUUGAUUUGCAGAUCUGUAAAGCACUCCACGGAUGCUUGUACCAGAACAAAUUCAAACAAGGAUAAUGGUAAAGCUCCAAUUCCCAGCCAAUACCCCAUCGUUGGAUCUUCUGGAACGGGUUUACAGAAUCAGAAGAGAUCUGUUCCAAUCCUCUCAAAGGGAAAGCCUCCUGCCUCGAAACGCUGGGAGCGAUCAGACAAGAUGAACAAAAUCGAUCCCCCCCUUAUAGCUCCUCCUUCCGUAUUGUCAUCACGUCAAAUAGCCAACUUUGAGCAACAUGAUGUCUCAAUAGGCAGGCUCUUUGUUGAUCUUCGACCUGAGAAUUAUGAGUCACCUAUUGCCUCUUCUAAAGGUACCUCUGAAGAUGAUGAUCCUGAUCCUGACUCAGAAGGGUUAUCUAACGAUGAAGACAAUCCAGAUGAUGAAGAUGAUCAGUUCAUUCGUGUUAUAUCGCAAAGGGGUUUCAAUGAUAAAAUAAAGCGUAGCGGCUUUCGGAAAUGGUUGCGGAAAAAUAAGCCAAUUUUCGGGGGCUUGUUGGAGACACAUGUCAGUAGUAUCAAGGCAGUGUCUAUCAUAAACAGAGUUUUCCCAGGAUGGCAUUACGAAUGUAAUUAUGAAUUCUCGGAGUUAGGAAAGAUUUGGCUUCUGUGGCACCCUUCGGUUACUGUCUCGGUGCUACACAAGUCGCUCCAAUGUAUCUCUUGCUCAGUAAGGCUUCCCUUUGUUGCUCUAGAGCUUGCUGUCACUCUGGUCUACGGCUCAAACUGCAGGAAAAUGCGUAGGGAACUAUGGUCCGAGCUCUCGUACCUAUCUGUCCAAGCGCCUAUGGCCUCUUCUCCUUGGGCAGUCGUAGGCGAUUUCAAUCAGAUUCUGGAUUCAUCUGAGAACUCUUCUGCCUCUGCCGCUUACUCAACUCGUGGCAUGAGGGAUUUUCUUAAUUGUACUAUCUCAGCUGCUCUAUCCGACCUUCCUUAUUGUGGAAACUCGCUUACAUGGUCUAAUAAUCAAGGUCUCACGGUCAUCUCUAAAAAGCUUGAUCGAAUUCUGGUAAAUGAUGUAUGGCUUUCUUCUUUUCCUGAUUCUCUUGGUGUGUUUGGAGACCCGGGUAUCUCAGAUCACAGUCCAUGCUGUAUCUUCCUUGACGCCUCCAAGCCCAAAGUCAAACAUCCGUUCAAGUUCUACACCAUGCUAAAUGACAAUCCAGAGUUUCAUGAAAUCAUCUCUGAGUGCUGGAACUCCUUACCAUUUGAAGGGACAUUUAUGCUUAGGGUUUCUAAGAAAUUAAAAGAAUUGAAGAGCAUCAUCAGAACUUUCAGCAAAGGAAAUUACUCAGGGAUAGAAAAAAGAGUUUCUGAAGCUUUUGAUGUUCUUACUCACUGUCAGCGUGUUCUCCUAUCUUCUCCUACACCUCAAGCCGGCUUGGAAGAAAAGAAAGCUUAUGAAAAAUGGUCCCUGCUUGCCAAGGCUGAAGAGUCUUUCUACCAUCAGAGAUCACAUGUAACUUGGUUAGACAAGGGCGACUCAAACACACCCUUUUAUCACCGAUUCGUAAGAGCACGGAAUUCCAUCAAUCAGAUUUUGUUCCUCAAGGAUGAUCUGGGUAAUAUUAUUGACACCAAGGAAGGGAUAAUGAAUCAUGCUCUGGAAUAUUACGAGAAUUUGCUUGGUAGAUAUUCACCUCCAACAACAUCCACCUUGGAUGAUAUCUCCCAGCUUCUCGAUUAUAGAUGCCCUCAUGCUGUGUCUGAAGCUCUUCUAACCCCUGUUUCUCCCUUGGAUAUUCAACAAGUUUUCUUCUCCCUGCCAAAGAACAAGGCGCCUGGUCCAGACGGUUAUCCAGUAGAGUUCUUCACUUCUCAUUGGAAAACUGUUGGAGGAGAUAUGAUUUUGGCAGUACAGGAGUUUUUCUCUACGGGUAGGCUGCUUCAACAAUGGAAUUCAACGAUAUUAACCCUCAUCCCAAAGAAGCAGAACUCUACCUUAAUCUCUGAUUUUCGGCCUAUAUCGUGCUGCAACACAACGUACAAAGUAAUCUCAAAGAUUCUCGCAAAUAGGCUGAAACAAGUACUGCCAUCAGUUAUCUCCAACACGCAAUCUGCGUUCAUUCCCGGAAGACUGCUGGUAGAAAACGUCCUUUUGGCAACAGAGUUAAUCCAAGGCUACAACUGGAAGAAUAUCUCCAAGCGAUCUAUGCUUAAGGUUGAUCUAAAGAAGGCUUUUGACUCUCUUGAUUGGAGUUUUAUUUUGCUUAUCUUACGAGCCUUACGGUUCCCGGACUUCUUUGUUCAACUGAUCUCCCAAUGCAUCACAACGACGCGUUUCUCAGUUGCUGUCAAUGGCGAGCUUGGAGGUUAUUUUAGGGGUACGCGCGGCCUUCGCCAAGGCGAUCCGCUGUCCCCAUAUUUGUUUGUUCUAGCCAUGGAAGUCCUAGCUCAGCUCUUAAACAAAGACUAUGUAAACAGGCUCAUUGGGUAUCAUCCGCUUGCUACUGAUCCGGCUGUGACGCACCUUGCCUUUGCCGACGAUAUUAUGGUUUUCUUUGAUGGUCAGCAUAGCUCUCUCGAACGGAUUGCGGAAACGCUAGACAGUUUCUCUGCUUGGUCAGGCCUCUCGAUGAAUCGUCAAAAAACUGAUCUCUUCGUCGCAGGAAUGAGCCCGACAGAAGCCUCAGACUUAUCCAGCCUCGGCUUCUCUCUUGGCUCGCUUCCUGUUCGAUACCUAGGUCUCCCAUUAAUGCACCGUAAGCUCCAGAUCUGCGAUUACAGACCGCUAAUGGACCAGCUCAAGAGGCGUUUUUCUUCCUGGUCAAGUAGAGCCCUCUCCUAUGCUGGAAGAAGGCAGCUACUCUCCACUGUCAUCUUUGGAACUCUGAACUUCUGGUUUUCAAGCUUCAUCUUACCCAAAGGCUGCAUAAAGGCAAUUGAAUCCCUUUGCUCAAGGUUUCUUUGGAAUGGUAACAUUACUAGUAGGUCUAAAGCUAAAAUCUCUUGGAAGUCAGUAUGUUUACCUCAAUCAGAGGGGGGCUUAGGUUUGAGAGAUCUUACUACUUGGAACCAGACUCUUUCUCUCAAGCUGAUAUGGCUGCUUCACUGCGAAGAUGAAUCCUUGUGGGCUUCUUGGACAAAAACAAAUAGGCUAAAAGGCGAAAGCAUUUGGAGCAUCGAUGCGGAAAAACAGCGCUCUUGGAUUUGGAAAUCCAUCCUUCACCUCCGACCUUUAUCUGAACGUUUCAUAAGGUGUGAAGUGGGAAAUGGAACUUCGGCCAGUUUCUGGUUCGAUAACUGGCUGCCCUUAGGUCCUUUGAUCAAGUUCUUUGGUUAUAAUGGUCCUCAGCAUAUUGGUGUCCCUCUUCAUGCCAAGAUUAGAGAAAUUUGUCCUAAUGAAGGUUGGCUUCUACGGCCUGCUAGAUCACCUAAAGCAGAGCAACUUCAGAUCUUACUCUGCACGUUGCCUCUACCAGCCCGAUCCCUUGCUCCUGAUGUUUAUAAAUGGUGUGUUAAUGAUCUCAGCUUAGCAAAGUUCACCACCAGUCUUACAUGGGAAGCCAUAAGGAAUAGAGGUGAACAAGCUGUUUGGGCUCCUUUAGUCUGGUUCAAGGGCCACAUUCCACGCCACGCCUUUCAUAUGUGGGUUACUCAGCAGGACAGGUUGCCUACUCGCGCAAGGCUUGCUACUUGGGAUCCAGGUAUUGAUGCAUCCUGCCUCCUUUGUGUUGGAUGUGUUGAGACAAGGGACCAUUUAUUUCUCAGAUGUAGUUUCAGUGAACAAGUGUGGCACCUCAUAACCAAACGUCUAGGCUAUCGGCCUACUCUGUUCCAUACUUGGACAGCUUUUGGUGACUGGCUUAGUUCAUCGGACUCUACCUGCCCCACAACGCUCCGUCGGCUUGCUGCACAAGCAACUAUAUACAAGCUUUGGUCAGAGCGUAAUAACCGUCUUCAUAACGCAACUUCCUCUACGCCUCAAAGGAUCUUCAAAGACCUGGACAGGCUAAUCCGGAACUCAAUCCUUGCAAGGAAAGAGCGAAGGAAAUUUAGAGGUCUAAUGCAACUUCAUUUUAAUGAUAUUCACAUAUUUAUCAAAAAAAAAAAAAUAAGUUCAUUCAUCUCUUCUCUGAUGUCUCUCGCCAUAAAACUCUUGUUCAUCUUCUUUAUCAUUGAUUUCUCCGUCGCAAAAUAUAUUACAAAUAAAGAUUCAAUAGUAAAACAAGAUAAUCAAGAUGUGUAUAUGUCACACAUUGACUAUUCCAAUUUUUUCAAACAGAAGAUUGAAGGAUGGCAACGUGAAGCAGACGAGAGAUACCCAUCAUGGACGAAUAGCAACAACAAAGGUCAUCUGGACAGCUCUUUUUUCCUACAAGGCGAAGCUCAAAAUUACUUACGACAUUGGAAGGAGUUGAAAAAUCGUAAGGGAUACCCAUACGCUGACUUGCAGAAGAAGAUAGGGGUGUUGUGGCCACACCAAGUUGGUAAUUGUCCUGAAUUUGAAGCCCCACAUCUACUGACGUACAUUAUGCAUGGUCUUAGUCGUCAUGGCUAGUUUGUGUUCUCACGAUGACUUCAUAUUUUGUUUUAGGGAAAGUUUGUUUUCUUAAAUUGUUUUUUUAAAUAAUAAUUCGAAUACUAUAAAAUAAUAUAGUUUUCAUGGGAUUUGAAAAUAAUAUAGAGCUUUCUAGUUGUGACAAGAGAUCAAAAUUAUGUUUUCGUCACUAUCUUCGUUUUAUCAACGAA